GAAGGUGAGUUGUCAAAAUGUUGGCAUUUAUUCCAUCUGUUUUAUUUUCGUGAAAUCAAGUGAAAUCUAUUUUCAUUACUGAAAGACAAGAUAUUGUGUAUAAACUUGGGUCUAUAAUUGUUUGAUUUUUGAAUCAAUUGCCUAAAAUAAAGGGGGCGUCGCUAUUUGAUAUUAAAUCCGUGAUGACAUAAUGUCGUAAUUGGUUUGAGUAAUUUAAAGAAUUUUAGCAAUAUGGAUAAGUCAGCAGAGCCUGAAAGGGUAGCCAGCCCAGUACUUGAGGGUGAGAUGCAAAUGGAGUCGGAGACGGACUAUUCGAGCAUCAGAGGAAAAAUGAUAUUAGUGAGUCCAACAACAGAGGAAUAUGAAUUACUAAAGAAACAACUCACUGAGCGACUAGAAGCUGGUAAUGGUGAAAUUAUUUAUGACAUUGGUCAAGGAGAAGAUGGCAAGGGUCUGACAGAAGAUGAAUACAAUGCAUCAGUUGCGACACUGCAGUCGCUAGUCAGUGAGCGGGUGUCUUGUGUAGAGCUCAGGAAGUGGGACUGCGGCUCUGGCACUGUGGGACAGUACCUGCUGCGGACGGAACUCGAUCACAAUGAUUUUAUGGAGAUUAGGGUAGCAGUGGUAGGAAAUGUGGAUGCGGGUAAAUCAACACUGCUGGGUGUGCUGACACACGGUGAGCUGGACAAUGGGCGGGGGCACGCGAGACAGCGGCUGUUCAGGCACAAGCACGAGGCGGAGACGGGGCGGACCAGCUCCGUGGGGAACGAUAUACUGGGGUUCGAUAGCAUGGGCAACGUGGUGAACAAGCCGGACCACGGUACACUGGACUGGGUGAAGAUCUGCGAGAAAUCGUCCAAGGUCAUCACGUUCAUAGACCUGGCGGGCCACGAGCGAUACCUGAAGACCACAGUGUUCGGUAUGACGGGGCACGCGCCGGAUUUCGGCAUGCUUAUGAUCGGUGCUAACGCGGGCAUAGUGGGCAUGACGAAAGAGCACCUGGGGCUGGCGCUGGCGCUCUCGGUGCCCGUGUUCGUGGUCGUCACCAAGAUCGACAUGUGCCCCCCCAACGUCUUACAGGACAAUCUGAAGUUACUCAUUAGGAUACUGAAGUCGUCCGGCUGCCGAAAAGUUCCUGUAAUGGUGAAGACGAAAGAUGACGUCAUAGUUAGCGCAACUAAUUUUGUAUCUCAGAGGCUAUGCCCAAUAUUCCAAGUGUCGAACGUGACUGGCGAAAACCUGGAGCUGCUGACGAUGUUCCUCAACCUGCUGAAGACGAGGAUGCCCUCGCAGGACGACAAGCCCGCCGAGUUCCAGAUCGAUGACACGUACUCUGUGCCGGGCGUGGGCACAGUGGUCUCCGGCACGACGCUGGCCGGCGUGAUCCGCCUCAACGACACGCUGCUGCUGGGCCCCGACCCGCUGGGCCGCUUCGUGCCCAUCGCCGUCAAGAGCAUACACCGCAAGCGCAUGCCCGUGCCCGAGGUGCGCGGCGGACAGACCGCCAGCUUCGCGCUCAAGAAGAUAAAGCGCUCAGCGAUCCGCAAGGGCAUGGUGAUGGUGUCGCCGGCGCUCAACCCGCAGGCGUGCUGGCAGUUCGAGGGCGAGAUACUGGUGCUGCACCACCCCACCACCAUCUCGUCGAGAUACCAGGCCAUGGUGCACUGCGGCAGCAUACGGCAGACCGCGUCGAUCCUGUCGAUGUCGCGCGAGUGCCUGCGCACGGGCGACAAGGCGCGCGUGCGCUUCCGCUUCAUCAAGCAUCCGGAGUAUCUGCGUAGGGGACAGCGGAUGGUGUUCCGCGAGGGGCGCACGAAGGCGGUGGGCAACGUGCUGCGGCCCGAGCCGCACGCGCAGCCCGCGCCGCGCCACGCGCGACACGACCACCGCCUGCUCGCCGCCGUACAAGAGUCAGACGAGUCCGGUGCCACCUCACCGUUCGAGAUGUCCGGCGACAAGCGGCGCCGGCGCAAGCGGCACGACAACAAGCCAGCCGCGUCGCACUCUGCCGUCGCUGCUAAUUGAACACACACGCACACACACACACACACACAGAUUGACAGACAGACAAACACAUAUAAGGGAAAAGACAUAAAAUUCGAUAUACAUAAACAUUACAUUGAUAUGUAAGUUAAAUAGACAAAAAUAAGGACAAACUCGGAUAUAGAGAUGAGUAAAUAGACAUACAAUUUGAAAUCCAUAAACAAUAUACGAGAUCAUAAACACACAGAUACACAGUUAUCUGAUAAAGUCAGAACACAUAAACAAAUUCAAAGAACACACACAAAGAAACAAACAAAAAACGUUAAAGCAGGCCAUAAGUUUGUUUAUUUUUGGACAUAAGAAGAUCAUAGAUCAUAAUGCAGAACACACAUACAAACAAGCAGUAAUGCACAGAAAGUAUAGAAGAACAAAAAUUUUAAUUAUAAUAGACAAAAAUAUCAAGUCACUUAGUACGGAGUAUUAUGUAUAAGCACAUUUUGUUUAUAGUUUUUAUGUGUUCAUCUUGACAUUGUCAGUAUUUUCCUCAGAAGAUGGAAUUGUUUUCUAUUUAAACUGGCAUAAAUUUUUUAUAUAUUAAAAAAUUAUCAAAGACAUGCAACGAAAAGUAAAAGAUACAUAAAAUAUACAUUAAUGUUAAUGGAAAAGGGAACUAAAAUACGGCGAAAAGACAGUUGGCGUGCAAGAGUUAUAUGUAUAUUCAUAAUUCAAGUUUGCAUGUAUAAUAAAUCAAGUACAUAUGUUAACUUUUAGGAAAUUAUUAUAUUAAAUGAUUUUCACCUACAUAUGAAUAAGCACAAUUAGUAAUAGAAUUUCCAUAUAAACUGCUCUAUUUUGUAUAGAUCUAACAUAUUUUCUCACUUUUUAUAUUUCAAUCUAUUUUUCAAUUUAUAAAUUGCAUUAAAAGUAUUUGUGGCCGAGAGUAUAGCAGUUAGGUAAUGCUCAUGAUAUCAACUUUAAUAACAAAAUCAAUGAGAUACUUAACAUUAAGUAACCCACCUGGUUAUUUAACGUUAAGCUUCAGUUACUUAUUUUCCAAUAGACCAUACAUAUACAUACACCUUCUUCAAAAUUAUGUUCAUGUCAUGUGUAAUCAUAAUCUAGUUACUGAUAUGUGAAUGGAUUUAUCUUGUUAAAUAAUAUCACAAUCCAUAAGAAGUUGAAUAAUUUAAAAAUGGAAUGUGUUCUACAUACAUCUUAGAUUACAAAACAAAGGCAUAAAACAAGUUAGGUUUUACCAAAUCAAUUCUUCUGUUUCUUUCAUUCCACCUUCUUUUAAUAUUGAACAAAAAAAAAGUGUAAACAUUACUUGUAACUAAGUGUCACACCUUAUUUUGUAAAAGCUUUCUACCUAAUGUUUUGUAAUCUGAGUCGUGUUAUCUUAUAUAUCUUUUUAGUGUUCUUUAUGAAAAAAAAAAAUAACUUAACACAAAUGGUGGAUGUGAAAUAUAGAUACCGCCUAAAGAAGUACAAGGUACCUCUGGUAGAGUAAGAACAACAUAUUGUAGCGAACCGUCUAUUUUACCAUAUACAUUAUACUACUUAUUAUAUUUACUAUGUCAAAUUUUUUCUAUAUUUUUGGUAUUUUUAAUGUCAAAUAAAAUAGUUUACAAUUGGUGCAAUUUAUGUUUGGCUUUCAAUAGGAUUAAGAUAAAUAUUUCGGUUGGAAGUGUUUCAAAAUUUAUUUUAUAAAGUUUAUUUCAAAGUGUGAUGUUAUUUGAUUUAUAUUUUAGAAUAAAUCCUUGAUGUAUAUACAAAUACAUUUUCAUUUUUAAGCUGUAAAAUAUUUCGUAUACAUGUACCAUUAAUAUUUAGUAGCAUUGAGUGGUUGACAUGUGUUAAUAGUAAAAGUAAAACUGUAUUUAAAAUUUACAUUGGUGGAAAUAUUAAUAUUAUUAAACACUGCAACACGACAAUUUACAGUGCGAGUAUAUUUCCUAUUUAAAUGCAAGUUGCUGUUCCACUAGCAAUAAUGUCCAAACAUUUAUACGAAUGGGUAAACGCCUAGUAGGUUGUGUCUUAGUGUUGCUAGCACUCCAUAUCAUAGAUAUUCAGUAUUUGUGUUUGUAAUGUGAUUUCUUAGUCUAGGUAAUGACAUAUUUCUAUUAAUUUGUUCUGAAUUUGGAAAAUAAAAUUAGCUCAAAAUAAAAUUGAUGUUUUAUUGUAAAAUUACAUUUAUACUAAAUAUCGAAUUUACAAUAAGACUACAUAGUCAAAGAGCGAGUGUCAUUUCUUUAUC